AUGGCCGUGGGCGUGGCCAUCCACGGCGGCGGUGCCCGGUGCUUCGCAUCGGACACCAUCUCCGCUAACUCCGGCAUCUCCGGCAGCCGGACCGUCGUGUCCAAAGGCGGCAACUUCGAGCUGGGCUUCUUCAGCCCGGCAGGUGACGGCAGCACGACGACAUCCUCCCCUCGCAGCUACUACGUGGGCAUCUGGUACAAGAAGGCCGUGUCGCAGCGCACGCCCGUGUGGGUCGCCAAUAGAGCCGUGCCGGUCUCCGACCCCGCGUCCUCCCAGCUCGCCGUAGCGGCGGACGGCAACCUCGUGCUCAUCAACGAAGCCGGCAAGCUCGUCUGGUCCUCAAACGUCAGCUCCGCCGCCGGCAGCUCGAACGGCACCGUAGAGGCGGUCAUCUUGGACACCGGGAAUCUCGUCCUCCGGCGCGAGAAAGGCGAGGUCCUGUGGCAGAGCAUAGAGCACCCCACCGACACGUGGCUCCCGGGCGUCCAUCUCGGCUUGAACAAGAUCACCGGCGACGUGCGGGCUCUGGUCUCCUGGAAGAGCUCCGGCGACCCGGCUCCCGGCAUGUUCACCUUGGGGAUCGACCCGAACGGGAGCAGCCAGUUCUUCCUCAGCUGGAACAGGACCGUGAGUUUCUGGAGCAGUGGGGAAUGGAACGGCGACAUAUUUGCCGGGAUCCCGGAGAUGACGUCGCACGACAAGUACGACUUCGAGUUCGUGUCCGACGCCAACGCCAGCUACUUCACCUACUCCCUGCAGGACCCCACGGUGAUCUCCAGGCUCGUCCUGGACGUUUCCGGCCAGGCGAGGCAGAUCAUGUGGGUGCCGUCCGCCGGCGAGUGGAUGGUCAUCUGGAUGGAGCCGCACCAGCUCUGCGACGUCUACGCUGUCUGCGGCGCGUUCGGCGUCUGCAGCGAGAAGAGCGAGCCCUUCUGCACCUGCCCCGCCGGCUUCCGCCCCGCCUCCGUGGGGGACUGGGAGCUAGGAGAUCACUCGCAUGGCUGCCGCCGGAACCAUCCCUUGCAGUGUGAUCGUCGUAACGCGAACAGCUCGGUGCACGGCGAGGACGACGGUGACGCCUUCUUGCUGGCGCCAGGCAUUUCUCUGCCGAGAAAUCCAUCGCCUGCACAGGCAUCAAGCGCUCAAGACUGCAGGUUGGCGUGCUUGAGGAGCUGCGAUUGCACCGCUUACUCUUACGGCAGCCGCUGCGCUCUGUGGUACGGUGGCUUGCUAAACCUGCAGCGGCGCGUCGACGACACGGCCGGCGUGGAUGACCUUUACCUCCGGUUGUCCGCCAUGGACGUGCCAUCGGAAGGUCGAAAGAGAAGGAUCGUCUUUGCUCGAGUUGCCACAGUUGUGACCUUGGUCCUUGGCUUGUCUGUCAUCGUGUUCGUGGCGGUUAGGACGUUUAGGAGAAAGCAGAGGAGCAUAACAUUCAUGCAGGCAGCAUCGGAAGGUGGCAACCUCGUGGCGUUCAAGUACAGCGACGUGAGGAGGGCGACCAGGAACUUCUCGGAGAAGCUCGGCGGCGGCGGCUUCGGGUCGGUGUACAAGGGGACGCUGCCCGGCGGCGGCCGGGCAGCCAUUGCGGUGAAGAAGCUCGAAGGCCGCCUCUGCGUGGGGGAGAAGCAGUUCUGGAACGAGGUGCGCACCAUCGGCGUUAUCCAGCACGUCAACCUCGUCCGCCUCCGCGGCUUCUGCUCCCACGGCGGCGAGCGGCUGCUCGUCUACGACCACAUGCCCAACGGCUCCCUGGACAAGGCGCUCUUCGGGGGAGCGGCGCCGGCGUUGAGCUGGCCGGCGAGGUUCCGGAUCGCGCUCGGCACGGCGCGGGGCCUUCUGUACCUCCACGAGGGGUGCCGGGACCGCAUCAUCCACUGCGACGUCAAGCCGGAGAACAUCCUCCUCGACGGGGUCCUCGUUCCCAAGGUCGCCGACUUCGGCAUGGCGAAGCUGGUGGGGAGGGAGUUCAGCCGCGUCCUGACCACGGCGCGGGGCACCGUCGGGUACCUCGCUCCGGAGUGGAUCUCCGGCGUGCCGGUUACCGCCAAGGCCGACGUGUACAGCUACGGGAUGGUCCUGCUGGAGAUCGUCUCCGGGCGGCGGAACGCGUGGGGCUCGGAGGACACGGAGCAGGGCCCGUCGUUCUCGGGGUACUUCCCGCUGGUGGCGGCGAGGAUGGUGAGCGGAGGGGAGGUGCUCGCCGGGCUGCUGGACGAGCGCCUGCGCGGCGACGCGGACGUAGACGCCGGGGAGGUGGAGCGCGUGUGCAGGGUGGCCUGCUGGUGCGUGCAGGACGACGAGGCGCACCGGCCGUCGAUGGAGCUGGUGGUACAGGCGCUGGAGGGGGUCGUCGCCGUGGACGUGCCGCCGGUUCCGAGGUCGCUGCAAGCCUUGGUCGAGGGUUCCGGCUCUGUUAUGAGUGCGCUUACCGGUGCGUGCUUUGAUGGAAUCUCACGAUCCCAUCUAGGAAACAGUUUGGAUGUCAUCGCGAUUGGUGGCAGCAAUUAAAGCAAGCGCUGAUUAUUGAGUUGCAUAAACCUAACCUAUAAAAGCUUAAGCUAGAGCAAGCGCAUGAGUGAGCUAAACGAUCCAGGAAAGUCUUGAAGGACAAUCUUUGGCAAGCUUUUCUUCUAAGAUUGUUGGCUGAACAGCUGUGGAAUUUAGCUGAGCAUUGAUAUUUGAUAAGGUGUCAACUA